AUGCCCGUCGCGCGGAAACCCCCGCCGGCGUGGUCGGCCAAAGCACUCCCUCCGCGGGCUGAAGGAGUGGAGUGUGAUGCGCACGUGCCGAUGGGGUGUGGCAAGUCGUGCGGCGGUAGCAGACUCUCCCCGCUUCUGCAGCGACAGCAGGGACGUUGGCGGGAGCCCUGCUCCUCGUUGCAUUCCAGCCCUCGUCAGCGCUCUAAUGCCGCGUCCCCGGCGGUUGCUAGCACCUCUAGAGCAAAGAAACGUCCCUUAAUGACUAGCACCCAAAACUGUAGCCGUGCAAAAUGUACAAAGGCACCUCUUAUUCCUUCAAACGGUGGCGAGUUGGCCAUGGGUCAACAUGAAAAGCUAAUUGCUCAACGGCUUUCAAAUACGUCAUGUGUUAGUUCUUUUGAAUCACUGUCCCGCUUCGUUCCUGUGUCAAACGUUGUUGUAGGACACGGGGCUGCGAGCGCUUCCACAGAGUGCCACGAUGUGGACGAAAUGGGGGUCAAUAGUAGUGUUGUCUUUGGGGAUGUUCUCACAGAUGACAUGCUGCGAGAAUGGACGGGGUGGGAGGAUCUUCACUUGGUGCUCAGUGCGGAGUUCCGUGUGGAUGCAUUGCGCACUGUGGGUAUCGAUACACUUGGUGAAAGGCUGCCCCUUUUGAACUCACUCAGGUUGAACAAUUCCCGGAUCCCCCAGAUACGUCAACUUGGGACAAAAUUUAUGAAUUUAAAACGAAUUUGGCUUGGCAGCUCACACUUGGAAAACCUGCGUGGUAUUGGUGCAUGUGUCCCAGUACUGGAGGAACUCUACGCUGCGUUUAAUUCGGUGCACGACAUUACACCGCUUUUAGACCUGAGCGAAACGCUUGAAGUGGUGGAUUUGGAGGGAAACGAGAUACAAGAUACCACGUCUCUGAUACGAUGCCUGCCGCUCCUGAAGAAGGUAAAAUACUUAACAUUACAAGGGAAUCCUGUCGUGAUGCGUCAAUCUAUCCCGAGUAAAACAAACAAUGAUAGAGCAGGGAACCGUUACCUUUCCAAGUCGUUCCGUGAGUUUGUGCGCUCUCUGAUGCCAGACCUUCAGUACUUGGACGACACUGCACUCAACUUUAGAAGUUCCCCCAACUCAGGGCGCGAGCAGAAGCAGGGCGGAAAAGGCGGCGCAGCACGAAAGAAGAAUUUACAUACCCACGUUGACCCCUUAAAUGUUGCCCUGUGCGAUGAAUACAUGUUCCUGCAAAAGUGUAUACGUGAAUGCGGUUUUGAUGCGCUGGAGGAGGCGGUUGCGGAAGAAACGCGAGCUGUGUGCUCGAGACCUCAGACUUCCUCUGCAGGUGCGCGUCGUUGUGGAUCCGCCUUGGCCAAUUCUCAGGGUUCCCAGCGUCCCUGCAGUUCCUCACAAAGAGUGCUUCGUUCGCUCAGUGGGUCUAAUCGUAUCAGCAGUGGUGAUGUCAGGUGGCCUGUCAAUGGCCGCAUAACACCUACUCCACCUGCCUCGUUGCAAUCGCCAUUUGUGUCCUCACUGACGUCGGGUCGUGUGCUGGUGGGCGGCGGUGCCGGUCUUCGCCGCGGCCUUCCACCGCUGCGACCGUCACAAGUAACCACCAGUGUUAGCAGUGCCAACAGCAGCAGCAAUGGAGAGAGUAGCAGUGCUCACCAUCAUGACUCAUCUGGUAUGGGUACGUCCUCUCCUGCAGUGGUGAGAAUAGAUGCAAAUUCACCUCUCCCAACAGGUGAACUGAAUUCCCCCGAUGCUUUGCCGUUACGUGCUGAGCCUGGUGAUGACAUUCCACUCUUUGAUGAGGAUGAGGAUGAGUGGGAUUUGUAUAAACAGAAUUUGAUGCGCCGUGUGGAGUCGAGAGACUCUGGUUUGCAGCGCUGGGCCAAAUACAUUAGUAGUGGGAGUGCUGUCUCUUCCCGCGUUGGCAAUGAAAGUGGGGGUAUGUCGUCAUGUUCGCACGUAGCGUCGACGCGGGACACCUCGGCAAGCAGUGGAAUCACUCCCACUCCCAGUGUGAACAAACCACAGACACCCGCAGUGGCUUCCUCAUCGUCACUGUUGCCGGCACCGCCCCCACGAUCAGCGACAAUGACCGAGGGUGAAAAAAGUAACGCAAUGAUCGAUAAGUGUUUAUCUGCCAGCAAGUCGCAUGGGGAUGAGGUGGAGGAGGAAGAUGAUGACGAGGAUAAAAAGGCAUGGCAAUGGGAAUUAGUCCGCUCCGUUGCGCGUUCGCGUACCCAAACGGCCCGAGCCGCCUCUGCUCUGGGAUGUCUACGACUCGGCGAGGAAUGA